UAAUUAUGAGCCCUGAACACUGGUGUUUGGAGGCAGCUAACCGUUAGCCGGCUAGCGUUAAAGCAUAUUGUAGCUAAAUGGAGGAAUUAUUUAAUGCUGUUGUCAUAAUUGGAUAUUUUAAGAGGUGGUAGUAUAAUUCAGUCAGUUUCAGCUAUUUCCACGAGGACAACUGAUAUAUUAUUUUGUCUCAGUUGUCUGUAGACGUGUUCUGCCAUCAUAUGGACAAAGGUGUUUGAUCCUCUGACUGAUGUUUGUACAGCUAAUAACGCCAUUUACCAGAGACAGAUAUCAAUACCUUCUUUACUGAUUCAGUAUUACCAGUAGAAACAACACCAGGAUGCUGUGUUUCUGUUGCUGUCACAUGGUACAUAAUCCAAACUGCAGGGUGGAUGAUAUGGUCUGGGAUUAAUGAAUGGCAUAUGACAACAUGAGCACUACAUGGUGGCAUCCUGUGUUCAUUUUACUCAGCUAGGGAUGUAGGCUUGAAAAAAAAAAUACACAAUUUCACUGCAACGUGUGUUGUAAGACGGAAAAAUUAACGAUUUUAAAUAGUUUGGGGUUCUAGGGAUUUUUCAGAGCAAAUGCCAAUAAGUUGCCUUAGGAGUGCCUCAUUAUAAAUACAGAUAUUUAAAAAAACAGAUGUUCUCUGGAUCCAAAGACAGGGCUGGGCAAUAUAAGUGAAGAGUUUAUUCUGAUAAAAUUGUAAAUUUCAGUCAAUGUCAGUAAUUACUGAUCAUUUUGAUCAUCAUUAUUUACUCUUUUUUUUAAAUAAAGACAUUAAAUUUGAAUUUAAACAUCUUUUUGUGAAUAUAACCUCUUUAUCAGGUUACACAGGUUGUAACUUUAAUGUUAACACAAUCAAAAACACUUACAUUUACACACAAAUUAAAUCAAAUAAGUGUAAAGGGAUGAUCUCUCCUUGAUGCAUAUUAAAUAUAGAAUGCAAGCAAAAAAAGAGAGUCAGUGGUUAUAAGAUGAUAAUAAGACUGUGAACCCUUUGUUUGUCUGUUGUCAUUCUAGAUUUCUUCAGAGUUUCUUCCACAGUUUAAACUCAUGCAUGAUUCUAGGCAGACCAUAAACAUCGAUGGUUGUCCGUCUCACUGUGUUUGCUCUGUGAUGGACCGGUGAUAUGGCCUCUUUCCAGCCCCUGCUCAGAUUGAACUCAGAAUUUUUUUCUCUCUGAUAAACAGCUGAAAUCUUAAUACACUCGGGUGAAAACCAAAAAAUGCCAAGAAAACAAAGAAAUCCGAGAAGCUGGAAGUAGUUGGUGUCUGCCAUUAUUGCUAGGAAAUGACCAAGGUAGUUGAAGAUUUUAUUUGUUGAUGGACUAAUUGUUGAAAUUACUAAUUAUUUCAGCUCUGCACUGUUCUCCGGAUGCUUCUGGGAGAUAAAAAGGAAAAUUAAUUAACAUCUUGCACUUUUGAGCAGUAAUAAAAUUGGUUGGAGCUGUUUUCCUUGUUGUUAAUGUCUCAUCACAGCCUCCCUAACAUGCAGUAAGUGUGAACUCACAUUCAGAGCAGACACUGCAUGAAUAUGUCAAGUAACAGAAAUAAAUGGUCACGAAUGACAAUCCAAUAAAACAGCAGCUGUAGUAAAGGUCAGAAUAGCUGUUAACGUUAAGCUAAAUAUAUGUAGAUUCUGAUGCACAGUUUGCUGCAGUUUAUUACUUUGUAGCUGAAGGAACAGAGAUUAUAAAAACCUUUUACUGCUGCAGUCCAACAGCUUCACAGUCUGGUUAGAUCAAUCAGCAACUGUGCAGCUCCGUCAAAGUCACUGAAAUGACUCAAAACAAAAGGACUAAACAGAGAGCUGGUGCUAAUGAUUAUCCUCAGAUGUCUGUAAAUGGGGAAAUAACUGACAACUGCUGUAUAGAGCGUACAAUACUGACAGAUUUUAAUGGCAAAAUCUGGCUGUCCAGAGUGACUUAUGGCUUUAGACGGCUUCCCUAAAGUCUCAGUAGCAGCCAAAAUCCAAAGUAUUUACUCUGUUACAUAAAUACAAGAGGAAAUGAGUGAAGACGCAUCAUGCAAAUACUUGCUGUAGUUUUCAAUAGAUGACAAAAUAGUGAUAAAUAUCCCCUCACUUGUCUAGUGGAUUUGUUCCGUGUCUAAAUGUGAAAAUUGCCAGCCGCUUCCUCCUCUGCUGUGACCCAAAGGGACCGAGACACUGCAGAGGAAGAGGACAGACUAAAGCUUAUUACAGAGACACUCUCAGGGAUCUGCCUUUCUUCUAAGUCCAGAUUUAGGACAGCGAGUUGCCAUAGAGACAGCAGUGCCAUGCUGUGGGGCACUCUUGUGUUUCUUAUGUCUGCCAGGUACAGAACAUGGAAAUUAAUUUAAUGACUUUCAACACCUCGUUUAGUCAGUCAGCAGCCUGUUGAGUUGAGCUUUAAGGUCUUACAUGUAUGGAAGCCCAUUUCCGCCUGCAAUAGGAAACAUACGAAAUAUUUGGAAUGACAAAAAUAAACUGAAUUAUGUGAUACUGAGAUAAAAUUGUGACACUGAUGGGAUUUACAAACCAGCAGGGACUCUGGUUUGUUUACUCCCUCGGUUUGAUUCCUUUGGGAACUCAGUAGUCACACCAGGUACAGACCAAAGCUAUCCCAGUGAGAAUGGAGUUGAUUCAAACCAAUUCUACAUUGCAUUGUUUUUGCCGGGUUUUUUUUACAAGUCCACCUAAUAUCUGUUGAUGUUGCAUUGAUGGCAUGGAAAACUACAAUUUUUUUAAGAUCAAAAUUCACUGAUUUUUAUUGAGAAAUUGAUGUGAAAUCUGCUCUAGUGUCAUCUUCAAACUUACCAUUAAAUUAACUUGAAUUUUAAAUAAAAGUAAUUUGAAUGUGUAGUAAUACAGGGGUCCUCAGUUUAUUCGUCAUUAGGUCAGAACUAGUUACAUGGAACUAGCUGACAAGCGAAGCGGACGAAUACGUUGGUUUUGUUUGCAUUCGCCGGUUGUACGCCACCUUGGAUUGUGCUACAUUUGCUAACUUUUAGCCCUUCAUUGUGGCUCCCAAGCAUAAGCCAGACUCUGAUGGCAGUGCUUCGAAGAAAAGGAAAGCCAUCUCCGUGGAACUGCAUGAAAGUCAUUGGUAUUCAUGACUUUUCCGAAGAACUGAUCAAUAUCGUGAUGCUCAUAACAGCUUUGUUUACAUUUUUGCCAGAGUUCCGACUUAGGGCGAAAAUCGACUUACGUCGGGCCGUAGGAACGGAACUCCGACGUAAAUCGAGGACCCCCUGUACACCUGCAGAUAUAUCUUAGUAGAUGCAUAAAAUUAGUUGGCAACUUUUCCUAAACUGAUUUAUUGUUUUUUUAAAAGUGGAGAAAGAGCAAAACCAAUCUUUGAUAUGAGCAUCUUAAAUAUGAAGAUGAUUUUCUUUGUAUUUUUUGAGUCAUAAAUAAAUAUCUUUGCUUAUUUAAUUAUUGGUUGGAGAAAUCAAGAAGUCAAUGAAAGAUGUUUCUGUGGGCUCUCAGGAAUUGUGAAUGAACGUUUUUACACAUGUUCUACAUUUUGUAGACAAAAUGGUUAAGUGGUAAACCAACAAAGGCAUUGUCAUAAUCAAUUCCAAAAUGAUCUUUAGUUUGACGUUUUUAACAUGUUGUUCUCGCUUGUUUUUUUCUUGGCAAAAAUGGGCAUCCAUAUGUGUGUAGAGCAAUUAUACUAAUGUAAUGUUGAAUUAAUGUGAUCAUAAUUUAUUAAUGUUAUGCAUUUUAAUGAAGAUAGAAUUAAAAAACAGGCAUCUUUUCAGCUUUGAUAGAAGUGCUACAAUUUCUUUUCAGACAAUCACAAAUUUCCAAUAGUACAGAACAAAACAAUGAGCAAUUAUAGACGUCAUUUUACAGCAGAUCUCAGUUGUAGCUAAAAGUGAACAAAGAUGGCCUUACUUUUACUGUCUACUAAAAGUCCCUGAUUAGCAUCUCUCAGUAUUAAUGCCAUUCUAUUUUGGGGAACCUGAACAAGUCUUAUCUUUGUAACCCAUACUCACUUUCAUGAAAUGAUGCCUCAGGAUCAGGUAUCCACUUUAUUUCCUUCUUAAGACAUUCAUCCCGUUGCAUUUCCCUCUUAUAGGGUUACCACUCUGCAUCUCCCCUGCUGCUUUCGAAGAGGUUUUUGGCCUGCAGAUCUGGAUUUGGUGUGAAUUAUUAACAGGAGAAGUGUAUUUGUAGGGGCUGAUGGGCGUAGCUCAUUACCUGAUAGCUCCUGUCCUUGUUGGCUUUGAUGGACAUAUGUCACUGUACUUCAAUGGCUGUAGUGUUAUCGAGGAAAGGGAACACUUUCUAAGAGCAGAAGUCCCUUGUGCUGCCUCUUCUCUCGUAUCAAAGCCGUCUAGUCUCAGCACUCUGACUUCUCCAGAAGGAGGUGGACGCGACGAUGGAAACCUCAGCGGGCAUCAGGCUGCGCUACGAGGAGCUUCUGUUUUACGCAGCCUGUGUUUGUAACUGCUGGUCUGUGUGUCUGUGUGUUUGUGUGUGUCUGGAAGGCAGAGUGUUUAGGAGGGGAGGCGGCCUCAUGCGUAUGGGCAGCAACUGGAGGUGGCAGCUCUCCCGGGCCAUGCGACUCGCAAUGCGCUGGUGCCGGUUGUGCCGCCUGCAGAGGGGAGGCCGAGGAGGCGGCGGCGGCAGCAAACCGUUGAUCAGCGGCAGGUUGUUGGAGCUGUGGAGUUACAGCAAACUGCUGCUCCAGUCGCUUUAUUACAACAGCCUCACCAACUCAGACACUCUGCUGGACUGUGCGUUCGAACCCGUCUACUGGAUCGUGGAUAACGUGACUCGCUGGUUUGGAGUGGUGUUUGUCUCUCUCGUGACGCUGCUGACGUCCUCAGUUGUGGUCAUCGUCUACCUGUUUGUCCUACCCACAAUCCUCAGCACUUACCCUGUGCACUGGAUAGUCUGGCACCUCUGCUGCGGCCACUGGCUUCUCAUCAUGGUGGUCUUCCAUUACUACAAGGCCACCACCACCUCACCGGGACACCCACCAAAGGACAAAAUUCACAUCCCCUCCGUGUCCAUCUGUAAAAAAUGUAUCACACCAAAACCACCAAGGACGCACCACUGUAGCAUCUGCAAUGUGUGUGUUUUGAAGAUGGACCAUCACUGUCCCUGGUUGAACAACUGCGUGGGCCAUUUCAACCAUCGCUACUUCUACUCCUUCUGCAUCUACAUGACUCUGGGCUGCAUCUACUGCAGCAUCAGCAGCAGGGACCUGUUUCUGGAUGCCUACAAUGCCAUAGAGUCUUACUACCAGACUCCUCCUCCCGACUUCACCUUCAGAGAAACCACUGCUCAUAAGAGCGUCAUCUUCCUCUGGGUGCUGACCAGCUCGGUGGCAGUAGCUCUGGGAGGACUCACCUUGUGGCACAGUAUGCUCAUCAGCAGAGGAGAGACCAGCGUGGAGCGACACAUCAACCGCAAAGAGGUCAAAAGACUGAGGGAGAAGGGCAAAGUGUUCAGGAAUCCAUACAAUCAUGGUAAAAUGAACAACUUGAAGUUGCUGUUUGGUGUGGAGAAAAGAAGUCACUGGUUCACUCGGGUCCUGUUACCCUCCAGCCAUCUUCCCAGUGGAGACGGCAUCAUGUGGGACUGUACCUUCACCAGGAGAGACCCCAUGGCCAUCUGACUUGCAGGGUUUAAUUCCUCUACCACAUCAAAAACCUUAAAGCUGCACUUCCACUACAAGCAACGUGGCCGAUGUGUCACUCGUCGCUGAACUCUGAGUGCAGCAGCGAGAAUCUGGUUCAUCUGCUGCUACAAUCAUGAGACGAGGAAAAGAAGGCGUGUUGUUACACAAAUCAGGAGCACACGGAAAGGACUACUGAUUCAACUUUUUAAGAUCACUCUUUCACCUGUCAGCCUUGUUCAGGAGGUCUAACCUAAGACUGCAGUGCUGCUGACUGAUUGGAUUAGCAGGUGCUGCUGGUCAGCAUCCUCCUCCAGCAUAAACCCAACCAUCAGUCAAGACUCAACUGUGAAUUGUACAUUACUUGGACUAAAAACCAACACAACAGACUCUUUCUUACAAGUGUGCGAGAUGGAUGGAUGGAAGCACUGUGACGUGCAGGCACAGCUUAUUAAAGGUGUUUGUGUUGCAUUUUUCAAACAUCAAAUCAGCACAUUGUAAACUUAAACAUGAUUGGUAGCUGCCAUCUUACUCCAACUGUGCUGUUAAUGUGAACAAAUUAAGACUAUAUUUCCCUGAAACUGCUUGUUUCUUUUAUUCGAAUAGUUUUCUGUGUUUGCCUAGAGGUGUUUUACACUGCCUGUCCAAAAAAAAAGUCACACACUCUAAUAUUUCAUUGGACUGCCUUUAGCUCUGAGAACGACACACAUUCACCGUGACAUCAUUUCUAUAAGCUUCUGCAAAGUCACAGCUUUUAUUUCUGUCCAGAGUUGCAUUCAUUUUCUACCAAGAUCUUAUAUUAAUGAUGGGAGAGUCGGACUGCUGUGCAAAGUCUUCUCCAGCUCAUCCCAAAGAUUCUCAAUGUUGCUGAAGUCUGGACUCUGUGGAGGUCAGUCCAUGUAUGAAAAUGAUGUCUCAUGCUCCCUGAUCCACUCAUUCUCAAUGUGAGCCCCAUGAAUCCUACAAAUUUUUUUUGGACAGGAAGUGUAUUUUCCAUUUGGAAACAGAUUUAUCCCGUUAACCUUCGUUUCCACUAUCAGAGCAGCACUCUGUUCUUAAUUCAUGUUGUGAAACAGUUCAGCAGAUUUCCCUUUAAAUGUGACUUCUUGGUGAGAGACAUAAAAGAAAGACUGGCGGUCUUUUCAGAGAAGCUCUCCUGUGUUUACACUGUUGUAAUGUGCCAGCAUGAAUGUGCUCAUGAUUCACUGAUGAUAAAAGUGCAGAACACAGCACCAAUAACUACUGUACUGAUCACGGACUCAGUGACAGAUCUUGCCUGUUUAUUCAAAAGGUCUUUAAGCUUUCAUUGUAUAGUUUGUCUAUAAUAACUGUUUAUGUGUCUUAAAAUCAUGAGAUGAAAACAUAUUCUCAAUAUUAUUUUUGGAUUUGUUUGAUAGGUGUCCUGUGAUUAUUUAAAUAAUUCUCAAACAUGUUGUUUUGAUGUUUACACCUACAGUUAAACUGUGUUUUGAAAGCAUGUGAUGAUGAGAUUGAUUGGAAAAACUGGUCUGAGCUUUUGUUCUGGUGCCAAAGAGCGAAAAACCAAGAGUUUGAUUCACUUUUCUUCAGUUUCUGACUUGAAUCUUUUGCUUGCUUAACAGUUUAAAGGUGGAGUGAACUAGUGGAGUCAGUAGUGGAACAAUGUUGUGUGAAUCGGUUUGAGACCCUUAGUUUGUUUUCUAUUUACAGAGCCAGAGUUGUGUACUAACACCAGAUUUUUACCUACACUGAACAGACAGCUAUCUGGAUGAGAUACUCACUGAAUCUGACAAAGUGUAUUAAUAAUAUUAACAAUAGAAUCACAGACUCCACCUUUUUAAAAAACAAACAAACUGCAUAACACCCAGUUUCUCAUCUUUGACAUUUCAUUUUUGGAUGCUGGUGAAGAAGUUGUGUGCCUUGUGUGGAUCUUCAGCCUUGAAAUUGAGCCUCUUUAAAUGAGUCAAUAAGGCACUGUGAAAUAUAAUUCCUAUUUUUUUUAACUCCCUUUAAGAUUUUUUACUGCAACGUGUUCAUAUCAGUGACUUCAUUAUGGACGAGUUGGAUGUGUAGUUGCCAUAGAAACAUGACAUCCACCUAUGACAUCAUUUGUAAUCAACAGGAGCUGUGCUCUGGUUUGAAUUUUCUUUUUGAAAUAAAACAUUUUUUUGCAAUUUCUUA